AUGUGCCUGUUGGCCUGUGGCAACGGCCGGCUGGGUGUGUUGGCCGAGAUGUUUGCCAAGCCAGGAGCCCCCAGAGCCGCCACAGGGGAUGUGGGUGACAUAGCCACUUCUGCCUUAGGAGGAGGCGGAGUUGUGGGCUCCCAUGACCCCUCCAUGUGCGCAGGGGUGUGGUACAUCCCCCAAGAGCGGAGAGGGACCUCAGCUGAAGAAAGUGCCCCAUCAUCAACAAGUAGCGGAACCCCUACAGAGAGCAGAGAGGAGACGUCAAGCCCACCUCCAACAACUUCAGUUAUCGAAACGGGAAAGACGGCAGCUGAAACAACGAUUUCUCACUCUACUCCAGGUACAUCCCCCAAGAGCGGAGAGGGGACCUCAGCUGAAGAAAGUGCCCCAUCAUCAACAAGUAGCGGAACCCCUACAGAGAGCAGAGAGGAGACGUCAAGCCCACCUCCAACAACUUCAGUUAUCGAAACGGGAAAGACGGCAGCUGAAACAACGAUUUCUCACUCUACUCCAGGUACAUCCCCCAAGAGCGGAGAGGGGACCUCAGCUGAAGAAAGUGCCCCAUCAUCAACAAGUAGCGGAACCCCUACAGAGAGCAGAGAGGAGACGUCAAGCCCACCUCCAACAACUUCAGUUAUCGAAACGGGAAAGACGGCAGCUGAAACAACGAUUUCUCACUCUACUCCAGGUACAUCCCCCAAGAGCGGAGAGGGGACCUCAGCUGAAGAAAGUGCCCCAUCAUCAACAAGUAGCGGAACCCCUACAGAGAGCAGAGAGGAGACGUCAAGCCCACCUCCAACAACUUCAGUUAUCGAAACGGGAAAGACGGCAGCUGAAACAACGAUUUCUCACUCUACUCCAGGUACAUCCCCCAAGAGCGGAGAGGGGACCUCAGCUGAAGAAAGUGCCCCAUCAUCAACAAGUAGCGGAACCCCUACAGAGAGCAGAGAGGAGACGUCAAGCCCACCUCCAACAACUUCAGUUAUCGAAACGGGAAAGACGGCAGCUGAAACAACGAUUUCUCACUCUACUCCAGGUACAUCCCCCAAGAGCGGAGAGGGGACCUCAGCUGAAGAAAGUGCCCCAUCAUCAACAAGUAGCGGAACCCCUACAGAGAGCAGAGAGGAGACGUCAAGCCCACCUCCAACAACUUCAGUUAUCGAAACGGGAAAGACGGCAGCUGAAACAACGAUUUCUCACUCUACUCCAGGUACAUCCCCCAAGAGCGGAGAGGGGACCUCAGCUGAAGAAAGUGCCCCAUCAUCAACAAGUAGCGGAACCCCUACAGAGAGCAGAGAGGAGACGUCAAGCCCACCUCCAACAACUUCAGUUAUCGAAACGGGAAAGACGGCAGCUGAAACAACGAUUUCUCACUCUACUCCAGGUACAUCCCCCAAGAGCGGAGAGGGGACCUCAGCUGAAGAAAGUGCCCCAUCAUCAACAAGUAGCGGAACCCCUACAGAGAGCAGAGAGGAGACGUCAAGGCCACCUCCAACAACUUCAGUUAUCGAAACGGGAAAGACGGCAGCUGAAACAACGAUUUCUCACUCUACUCCAGGUACAUCCCCCAAGAGCGGAGAGGGGACCUCAGCUGAAGAAAGUGCCCCAUCAUCAACAAGUAGCGGAACCCCUACAGAGAGCAGAGAGGAGACGUCAAGCCCACCUCCAACAACUUCAGUUAUCGAAACGGGAAAGACGGCAGCUGAAACAACGAUUUCUCACUCUACUCCAGGUACAUCCACCAGGAGCGGAGAGGGGACCUCAGCUGUAGAAAGUGCCCCAUCACCAACAAGUACAGAUAGAAUCACUACUGUCGCACUGGAGAAACCAGAUUUGGCAGAAAAGUCAACCACUACCCUUCUGACUCCAUCUUCCAAUGUGAAAGUUUUGUCCUCACCACCAGAAGAGGCCGUUGCUUCUCCUUUGACUACAACCAGUAACAUUGGGAAGACAGGAAUAGCAAUAGUUGGAGGGACUUCCUCACCUACACCGUCUCUCAGAAGCCUGCCUCCAAGUACUGAGGUAGUAUCAGCAACAACAGGAGCAAAGACAUCCAGUUAUCUUCAUUCUACUCACGUUAUUGCAGAGAUACCAUCGCAUGGUGAGAUAUCCCAUUUCCCAAUUUCUCCAACUCUUCCCAUUGAGAGCACAGAGGUAACGUCCUCUCAAGAGACGGACACAUCUCCCCUUUCUACGAGUUCUUUCACGGGGAGUAAAUGGGUCUCACCAACAGAAGUAGAGACGCCCCCUUCCCUCCGGUUGACAGCAUCUCCUUCUGAUAGGACAGUGUCCACCUUAGCUGGAGAGCCAACCUCUUCUGUCCUGAGCACUAUCCCUCUACAUGAUGGGGCAGAGUUAACAUCAGCUGGGAUGGGUAUCACUCACCCUCUGUUUGUAACAUCUCCCCCUCCAAUGACCAUGUUAACAUCAGCUGAAGGCCCAACUACCUCUCUAAUGACUGAAGUGACACCAUCUGAGCGGAAGCAGCUAACUUCAGAGACAGCCUCAACCAUUUCUCCCAUGACUUCAGCGUUUCCCCCUGACACACCAACAGUAGUGAAGACAUCGAUUCCUCAGCAUUUCACUGGGCCUUCAGCAGACACUGACAAAGGACAGUCGCAGGAAGAGGCAUCUUCUAACCCUUCCACUGAUAGUACAGAGGUGCCAACUUCUCUCCUUUCUGAAAGACCCACCGUUGAGAGUACAGCGCUCACGUCAACCAUAGCCAAUACAUCCUCUUCUCUCUUCGCUGCAUUAUCUCCCACAGAGAGUUCUAAGUUAGCAUCAACUGAAAUGGCACACACUUCCCUCUUUAGUACAGUGUCCAGAUCAGCUGAAGGGACCACUACUGCUCACCAGACUACAUUUCCCACGGAGAGGACAGUGGCAAUGUCAAGUGGAGCUGAGACAUCUUCUGUCUUUGCUCCGUCUCAGCAUAUGGAGGAAAUACCCACAGAAGAGACGUCUUCUCACCUGGCAUCAGCAACCAAGAGUACAAGCGCUGCUACAUCCACUGGGCUGGAGGCAUCUCCAAUUAUCCAGACUGUGAGGACUACCACCAAGACACCCACAUCUCCCACAACUACAGCAAUGGUCUCUGCAAAGAUGACUCCUUUGCUGUCUACUACACCAUUAGCCACAGAGGUCACCUCAGCCAAAAAGGUCCCAAGCUCUGUCCCAGAGAGAACGAAGGGGAUCUCAUUUGAAGAGACAACCAUCUCCCUCCUGACUGCGACGUCUCCCUCUGCGAGGACAACAGUUUCAUCAGCUACAGUAGAGAUUUCGGGUAGGUUUUGA